AUGUCGGUUACUGAGUAUGCUGCAAAGUUUGUUGAACUGGCCAAGUUCUAUCCACACUAUAAUGAGGCAACUGCGGAGUUUUCAAAAUGCAUCAAGUUUGAGAACGGGUUGCGCCUAGAGAUCAAGAAGGGUGUUGGAUCCCAGAAGAUUCGUGUCUUUGCUGAUUUGAUAGGAAGUUGCAGGAAUUAUGAAGAGGAUAGUAAGGCUCACUACAAGAUCAUGAAUGAAAGAAGAGGGAAACAAAAGCAGAAUCGUGGUAAGCCUUAUAGUGCUCCAACUGACAAGGGUAAACAGAGGACUGCUGGUGGUAAGAGGACUAGUGGUGGAGAUGCCUCUGCUGGUGUGGUAUGUUUAAAAUGUGGAAAAUCGGGUCACAAAAGUAACGCUUGUAUCGGAGAAGCGAAGAGAUGUUUUCGUUGCGGAAAAGAUGGUCAUGAGAUUGCUGAUUGCAAACAUAAGGCGGUUGUAUGUUUUAAUUAUGGUGAGGAAGGACACAUCGGUACUCAAUGUCAAAAUCCAAAGAAGGGGCAAGCGAGUGGAAGGGUUUUUGCUCUGGCUGAGGCUCAGACACCUAGUGAUGACCAGUUGAUCAGAGGUAUAAACUGGUUGGAAUGCAACAAUGUCCAUAUUAACUGUUAUGACAAAUCAGAGAGAUUUUCUAAUCUAGACGAGGAAAGGGAAAGUGAGUUCUUAUCUGCAAGACAGUUGAGUGAGUUAAUGAAAGACGAGGUUCAAGUGUUUGCAAUGAUGGCCUCUUUGUCCAAUGAGAAUAGGGCUACAAUUGAUGAGUUACAAGUGGAUGUCGGCAUCAGAAUUGACCGAGUUGAAGAAGCAAUUAGAAGAGCUGCUUGA